AUGGAAAGAAAAAUCGGACGACAGAAUUCAGAAGCGGAAAAUGAAAUAAAAUUGGAAAUUUGUCCCGAAAUUGUGACAAAUACUCGAUACGGUGGUGUGCAGAGUGGAGAUGAUGAUACCGAAGCAACAAAGAAAGCAGCGGAAGAGAGGGCACGUAAAAAAGCAGAAGUACGUAAACGUCUGGAAGAGGCUAAUCGGGCCAAGAAAGCCAAAAAAGGUUUUCUCACACCGGAAAGAAAAAAGAAACUGCGAAAAUUGUUGAUGAUGAAAGCGGCAGAAGAUCUGAAACAGCAGCAGAUGCUCAGAGAACAGGAAAGACAACGUGUCUUACAGGAACGAAUCUUACCUUUACCGGAUCUGGAUAACGUUCCUGAUGAAGAAUUGGAGGAAAUUGCAAAGAAAAUGACUCAAAAGCUGUUGCAACUAGAAAGCGAGCAUUAUGAUAUUAAUUAUAUCGUACGCCAGAAAGAUUUUGAAAUCAAUGAAUUAACUAUUUCAGUUAACGAUUUAAGAGGCAAAUUCGUGAAACCAACUCUAAAAAAGGUAUCCAAAACGGACAACAGAUUCAAUAAGCUGAAGAAGAAAGAUCGGAACUUUGUCGAUUUUCGCACCAACUUGAAAAAUGUAGAAAGCAAUAAAUUCACUCUGAAAGAGGAGAAGAAAGAAUCCAUCGUUGGUUGGAAGAAGUGA